CUUUAACAAGUACAUGUCGACGGCAAUACGAAGACUGAUUAAAAGCACAAAGGCAAUCAAAACGUACAGGAGAACAUGCGAAGGAGACGCAUUCCUCCACGGGAGGAUGCAGUCUGUCAUGUUUCUGCUGGAAGGGACAAACUGGGACUUGAUAUCCACUACAUAAAUGCCUUCAAAGGUCGGGGCAUUUUCACGACUGUUCCAUUCCAAAAAGGAGACUUCCUUUUGGAAUACAGAGGUAAACUCAUAACAAAAGACGAAUGUGAGCGGAGACACAGAGUUUAUCAUGACAGCCUGAAGGUGUUCAUGUUUGAAUUCAAGUUUGAUGGAAAACUCUGGUGUGUGGAUGCAUCUCAAGAAGAUGGGUCAUUAGGCAGACUUGUCAACGACAACCACAUCAGUCCAAGUGCUAAGAUGAAAAUAUUAAAUAUCAAUGGAAAGCCCCAUCUAUGCUUAUUUGCAAGCAGAGACAUAAGUCCAGGCGAAGAAAUAGACUAUAAUUAUGGUGACUCGGAUUGGCCCUGGAGAUGCAAGACUGAGACCAGCCAGAUUCAGAAGACUGUGAGCUGCCUAAAGCCGCAACCAAACUGCAUUCCAAACAAUGACCUGGACCUGAAACAUCCAGAGCCUGAAAGGUUUGUUUAGGGGUCUGGCACAAAUCCUGCCUUGCAAAAUUGUCAAAUCAGAAUUGUCACCAGUCAACACAGAAAGAAGAAAUUUCUGAAUAUUCAGGGGAAGAUGGAUUGCCACAUUCAGUUCUGGAUCAAAUAUCAAGCGAUGAUGAUGGCAACCACAGCAUAUCAGAAGAAGAAUAUGUGCCAGAUUCAGAGUCAUAUGAUGAAGAUUCAGAUGAAGACAUCUCAUUAUUGCCAAGCACAUCAAAAGGUCUGCUAUGCCAAGAUGACAUCUCCAAAGCGCAUGAACAAUCAGAUUCAACGAAUUUAAUCCACAACUUGACAAAGGACAAGCCAGAAGAUAAAAGUGAGCUUUGCGAAACUGAAUCAGAAAAAAUGACUUUAAGUAAAAGAAAUUACUGCUAUUUUUGUGGCAAACCACAAGCUAAAAUUUCCCGCCACCUGAAAACGCACAAAACAGCUCCUGAUGUUGUGCAUGCAUUUU